UGAGGGAGGAGACCACCAGUGUCAACAUUGGAGACGGCGCAACAAAUCUGUCAAUCGAGUGAUCCGCUGCGGACUGAAGAACACCAUCAUUUGUCGAAAAAGGAGCAUAUCUCAUCAAAAACACAACUUCAGCACAUAUAAAGGGAUCCUCUCCCGGACACCGCUGCUGGCUGAUCUCGGAUCGUCGGCAGUGCGUCGGUAUCGUCGGCAGUGCGUCGGUGUCGUCGCGUCGGCGCCGCCCCGCGAGCCCGUCCCUCCGCGGUGGGCGGUCCGACAGCAGUUCGCGCAGUGGCCGCAGCGCGGCGCUACCGUCGCAGCCGGCCGGUAUCUGCCCUGAGUUGUCCUCCGGCUGGGGAAGGGCGCUGGUCCAGGCCGCUUUAUCUGGUCACAGCCGGGAUGGCUGCCCAGCGCCUGGAGUCGGAGGGUAGCCUGCUGGCCACGGAGGCUCCCAACGUGCUGUGCACGCGGCUGCCGGGCCACUGGCGCUCCAACAAGACGCUACCGACGUGUUUCCGCGUGGUGUCACUAGAUGGCAUUAGUGACGGCACGGAGGUCAUCCUGCGGGCUGGCAAUGAGGACAAUCCGUGUGCCGAGGUCCGUAACAACCGGGCCGUCAUGAAGGGUCAGGUGGCCAAGUUCUCCGACCUGAGGUUCGUCGGCAGAAGCGGUAGAGGGAAGCAGCUCAACGUGAGCAUCACGCUGAUUACCAAGCCGAUGCAGGUGGUGAUGAUCGGCAGGGCGAUCAAGGUCACCGUGGACGGACCCAGGGACCCGCGCAACAAGUCACGUUGCGACUUCUACCCUGGCCUGGGCUUCCCGAACCCGUGGCUGGAACAUCGUCUGGCAGGUCACCUGCCCGCUGGCUGCCGCCUGGUUACCUGGCUUCCCGGGCCACCCGGCGGCCGACCCACGCCUCAGCGAGGUGGUCUGGCCCGCUCGCCGCUGACCUGCCUGUCCAGCCGGGCGCCGCUGCUGACCAGCGCCCCACUCCCUCCCCCCGCCGGGGGAUACGGGGCGCCGGGGCCGCGGUCCGCCUUCCACGCCGUGGCGCGGCCGGCCGCCGAGCCGGGAUGGUCGCCGCUGGGCGCUCUGCUGGGUGCCAUGUCCGCCCAGCGGCUGCUGGCCAGCAGUGGGGGCGCGGCGGGUCAGCAGGGGGUCGGAGGGGGCCGACUCGCCCUGUGCCGCCAGCCCGCGGUCACCGCCGACGGCUGA